AUGCUCGUCGUCCCGUCCAUGACCCUCUCUCCUCCGUCCCCUACAACACACAUCGACCGCGUCCGCCAUCUCCUCUCUUUCGACCGCCCCGUCUACCCCCUCCCAGUCCCCAACCUCGAACUCCACUCGGCCGCAGCGAGCGGUAACGUCGGCCUCGUCCACUAUGCCCUCACCCACGGCCAGCCUGUCAACUCGGUACUCCAUGGCGUGUUGCCCUUACAUGCUGCGUGUUCCGGAGGGAGCCUCAGUGUUGUCAGGAUGCUGAUCGAGCAGGGAGCGGACGUGAAUGCGCCGAGAUUACCGAGAAGAUAUAGUGAUGGCAAGAAGGGUACAGCGCCCAGUGUUGGAACUGCAGGCUCGACACCCCUGCAUUUCGCAGCCGCCAAUGGCCAUGCCCCCGUCGUUCAAAUGCUCCUCGCAUGCGGCGCCGACCCUUCAAAGCCGGACAAGAAUGGGCACACUGCACUAGACCUCGCCGAGCUCAGCAAUCACGACCAAGUCGUCAACGUCCUGCAUGCGUAUCAAAAGGUACAGAAUGAAGACGCUGCUACAUCUGGCGAGAGAAGUCCCGCAGCCAGCAGCUUGGCGCUCAACGAUGGCGAGAGUGUGGUUGAGCACGGCAAGGGGAAAGAGAGGGAGAGGACGUUUAGCUUUUCGAGCCUGAGGUCAAAUGACUCCAAGCCGAAAAAGGGACUGCAGGCGCUGCUGUCAAAAGCCAGCAAGAGCUCUCUCACCUCAGAGACCCCCAAGGAGCGCGCUCCGCCCCCUCCAAGACUACAUCUCCCCAGUGAGGCAUCUGCUCUCGACAAGCUGGCCUCUCCGUUUGAGCUCGACACGCCACAAACACCUUCGCCCAUGAAAGGCGACAAUACACCUCUCUAUACAGACGGGAGCACCGGCUCAUGGCCGUCUUUGCCCCUCAGCCGUCAAUCGAGCAAUCGUUCGGCGACAAGCCAGACAUCCCCUGGUAUCGCGUCCCCCAUACCACGGCCUCCUCCUGCUCGUGCCCAGCAUUCCACUUCCUCCCGUCGCCCGUCGCUACCAUCUAUAUUCGAGAAAGCGGUCCACCCUGGUGCUGCUUUCCGGGCUGCUCUCCGACACGAAUCAGACCAUGAAGAAAAGAAGAAGAAAGCGGCACAGCAAGACUCGCAUCACCAUCAUGGCUUCAAGAGGCUCUUUAGGCGCGCCCACUCUCCGCCUUCGCGCUCGCCGAGUCCUCCAGCGAGAAACCCAGAAGACAGGGUCAUCUCGGCAGAAGAUCUCGAUGCCGGGAUGGCGCGCUUGAAACGAGCGAGCUUGGAUAUGGAGAGGCCCGUGUGGGAAGACGGCGCGGGGAUGGGCAAGGAGCCGAUAUCGGCACCGGCUACUAAGAGCCGGUUCUUUGAAGAGGAACUGGUGCCGCCGUCUUCUAGCUCUUCAGGCUCUUCGGGUGUUUUGCCGAAUACUUUGAACCCUCCCCCGCCUUCUUCCGUCCAGUCGACACCUUGUACGAGACCAAGGACAGGCAAUGAAGUCAUCGCGCCGAGUCCUCUUGCCAAUGAAUGGGCCGGUGAUGAAGAGGGGAGACUGAAGCGGGCGUGGGAGAUUGUCACCCGACAUAGUUCGGCGAGCUCGUUGCCCACAAUCAGCUCUCCUACAGAACCCAGCCCGGAUCUGCCGACUUCGCCUGGGUCUACAAAACCUCGAUCAUACACGAUGCCAGGUUUGAGCAACCCGAUGACUACUGCCACAAAGUCUUCUACUGGGUCAACAUCAAGCCGGCCGACUGACGAUUUGCGCAAGCUGGCAGCCGAGGGGUCGAUCAGAGAGAUGGAGAAACAGUCUGUCAAGCGAGAGAUGGAAGGGGAAGAAGGUGACGCAGAGGUCGAGCCAGAAGGAGAAGAAUGGCAUGAUGCGAGGAGUGUGCUGGAGGCCGAGUCUACUGCCAAUCUAGCGGACAGUGCGAUCAGCCUGAAUGAGGGUCCUGUCCACACCUCUUCCAGACCAACAUCAUCCCACUCCCUCUCACAUACACGAGGGAGCUUCAAGGGCGGUAGGAUCAGGAGCGGGAGCAUAGGAUCGGUGACGACGGAUGUCUCGAGGAUAUCUUCUCCCCCGCCGUCACAUAUACGGAUGUCGAGCAUCACCGAUAUUGCCGCCGCUGACGACAGUGCCGAGGAUGACGUUCCGCCUCUCUCCAAGCCCCCAUCUCUGCACGGGGCGUCACGCCCCCGAGGUAAAUCUCUUUCAUCCAACUCAUCUGGUAACUCGCACUCGCACACCUCGGGCGACCACCAGCCACUCUCGUCAACGACUUCGACCAGUUUGACCGUUCCCUCGUUGGCGCCGGCUGCAGUUCUAGGACAUGCGCCAAGUAGCAAUUCGCUUGCAUCUUUCCCUCCAGUGCCCGAACAUGCUGCUCUCUCUACCACUCCUUCCUCACCGUCCCUUCACCGACGCCUCACCCAUUCCCGUACCAUCUCAUCCCGCGCCGAAGCCAAGGCAGCGAUUCAAGAAGGUGAAGACGAGAUUCUCUUGCUCGCCCAGUUGGAGCAGGAUGGAGAAUCCAAAAAGGAUUUGGCGGCAGUUUUGGCUGCUUAUGGAGAGAGUCAUGAGAUUUAUGCAGAGAUGGAGAGGAAAAGAGGGGUGAAGGACAAGGAAAGCGCGCAUAGGUCGCGUGAAAGCAGUCGUGAUAGGCCCACCGCCCUCACAACCAUCUCCGCCCCGGACGCUCGAUCAGACAUUCGCUUGUCCAACAUCUAUGACAAGCGUGCCGAAUCCUACCGCGAGCGUCUCGCUUCUUUAACGAUCCCUGCCACUGGCCCGCUCAAGGCCAAGCCUGCGCCUACGAGUAGGACCAGACAGAGACAAAGGCAGCGUGCGGUGUCAGCAUCGGCGAACGAUAUGUGGCUGAAACCUGGAUCGGCUGGGAACCGGAUGAGAAGUGCCAGCGGCGGUAUCCCUCUCCAAUCCAACUCUUCUACUUCUGGUAUCGGCUCAUCUGGCAGUUCGGGAGCGGGGUGGAGGGAUAACAGCAGGCCUGGGAGUGUUUUGGAGAGAGAGGAAGCACUGGAACAGGAGGAUGACCGUUAUCCGUGGAUCAGUGUGCCCAGGCCAGAGUCUGUGGGCGUCGGAGUGAGCCAAUCUGCUGGUAGGCCGAGGGGACUAUCGAAUGCCAGCACGGCAUCGCAUAACGUCCACAACUUUAUCCUCCCCGCUCCUGCCCACACAUCAAAACAUCGCGAUACCAUCUCCAGCUCUCCUUACACCCCUCACCCUCGAAUACCUUCCUCAGGUGGGACUACCAUCUCCAUUUCGGGCAACAACCCUUCCCCUUACGCCUCGCUCUUCUCUCACAAAUUCACGGGUACGCCGUUGAAUGACGACGAGAGCGAGGAUGAAGAGGCGGAGAGGCAAAACUAUACGGUGAUUGAGAAUGACUGGCGUGGAGGCCGGGUCGUGGGUGCUGACGAGCUGGGAUUUGGGGGCAUGGGUCCCGGGGGUGCUGGACUAGGCGGGGCGGGGGCGGGUGACAAGAAGAAGUGGGGGUUGAGAAAGUUGGGGCAUCAUCUCCAUCAUCAUCAGAAAUGA